AUGGAAGAAAGCGAUCAUAACAACAGCAAGAAAACGAUAAAAGUUGUUGAAGAAAGAUAUCUUCCAGAUGAAAUCAUAAUUCAGCACAUCCUUCCCUUGCUUCCCCUCAAACAGUUAAUCCGAUGUAAGCUAAUUUCAAAGCAAUGGGAUUGUAAUGUCAAUUUCUUCCAUGAUUAUAUCAAACCAUCUUUAUAUAGUCGCCCUUUUACCCCAAUUGAAUCCCUCUUUAUUCAAUCUGGUAGUAGAUUUUACAUUUACAAUUGCAAUAAUCAUGAUCAUGCUGAUGUUGAUGUCGAAUAUAUUCGUACUAGUGAAUAUAAAUUGGUUGAAUUAAAUGCUGAAUUUGAUGUUGGUAAGAGGGAAAAUAUUGGAUUAGUUGGAUCAUGUAAUGGGUUGGUUUGUUUUGGUGAAAUUUAUGGAAAAUAUUUCAUUUUAUGGAACCCUGCUAUUAAUCAAUUUUACAAGUAUUUUUUGUUUGCCAAACAUCAAUUUCAUAAAUAUUACUUGGAAUAUUUGGAGCAAGAUUCUAAAGAAAUUUAUUGGGGUUUUGGUUAUGUAUCCUCUAUUGAUGAUUAUAAGGUGGUUAGAAUCUCUCAGUUUCGAUUUCAAGGCAAGGUCGAUUCAGUUCAUGUGUUCUCAUUAAGGACUAACAGUUGGAAUAGGAUUGAAUUUGGUGUUGGUGAAUGUAAAUUAGUGGGUCGAUCAAAGUUGGUUAAUGAGACUUUGUAUUGGAGAAAGGAGAACGAUAAUGUUGAUGGGAAUGUGGAAAUUGUUUCCUUUGAUUUGGGUCUUGAGACUUUUGCUAUGUUACCUGAUUUGGCUAUUCGUGCACCCGGGCCGGGAAUGCUGUCUUGUGUGUAA